AUGACGACGAACCAGAAUGAGAAAGUUCCCUCUAUCGACAGUGCUACCACCCGUAUACAACAAUCCAACGUUUCAACUCCCACGUUGAGCCUCCAGGGCAACGGUGAUCCGGAAAAGGGACUCGCAGCACUACCACAGAACGAUGCAGCACAUUCACCUCCCGAGAAGUCAAUUGAUGCUGCUCCAGCACCUGGAACACCGGCCAUCGGUCCGCCACCUGACGGGGGUAUGCAUGCAUGGCUAGCUGUACUAGGAGGUUUCUGCGGUCUGUUCGUCAGCUUCGGCUGGAUCAAUUGCAUCGGAGUGUUCCAGGCAUACUACGAGACUCACCAACUACGCGAGUUCUCCACUAGCACAAUCACAUGGGUCACAUCUCUAGAGACCUUUAUGAUCUUUUUCUGCGGUCCCAUAUUCGGAACUCUGUUCGACAGCUAUGGUCCGCGCUGGGUCUUACUUUUCGGCACAGUCCUCCACGUCUUCGGGCUGAUGAUGGCAUCCCUUUCAACAGAGUACUACCAGUUCCUCCUCGCUCAGGGAAUUUGCAGCCCCUUUGGCGCAAGCGCAAUCUUCAGCGCUUCUAUCAACUCUGCCAGCACCUGGUUCGCUAAGCGUCGCGCCUUCGCUCUCGGCAUAGUAGCCUCGGGAUCAAGUCUGGGCGGAGUCAUUUUCCCCAUCAUGGUCACUCGACUGAUUCCCCAAGUCGGUUUUGCCUGGGCAAUGAGGAUUUGCGCAUUCCUUAUCUUGUUCAUGUUGGGUAUUGCCAACCUCACGCUGAAGUCAAGAUUGCCGCAUCGCCCGAAGCCAUUUGAUGCCCUAGCCUUCGUGAGACCAUUGGCGGAGCUCAAGUUCGGACUCACCCUUGUGGCGGCGUUUUUCUUCUUCUGGGGGAUGUUCUUGCCUUUCACGUUUGUUAUCACCCAGGCGGAAACGUAUGGCAUGUCUGCCGGUCUAGCGGGUUAUCUGAUCCCAAUCCUGAAUGCGACUAGUAUCUUCGGUCGUACGCUCCCCGGUUAUCUCGCCGACAAAUUCGGCCGCUACAAUGUGAUGAUCAUAACAAGUUUCUUCUCCGCCAUCCUCGUCCUAACCCUCUGGCUACCGUCCAAGGGCAAUGCCCCGGUAAUUGUCUUCUGUGCUCUAUACGGCUUUGGCUCUGGUGCAUUUGUCUCACUUGCACCGGCUCUUCUAGCCCAGAUCUCUGAUAUUCGCCAACUGGGCGUGCGCAACGGCACUUUCUUCUCUGUCAUCUCGUUUGCGGCCUUGACUGGUACUCCUAUUGGUGGUGCUUUGGUCUCAGAUGGUCCGCAUGCCGAUUUUACUCGGCUUCAGAUCUUCUGCGGCGUUGUCAUGUUGGUUGGUUCCUGUCUGUUUGUCACCGCGAGAGGAGCUGUUGGUGGAUUCAAGUUGGGCAAGGUAUAA